GCCGAAAGGAAAGGGGAGAACAGCUGCAGGAGAAGGAAGGAGCCGCCACUCAAAAGAAACAUCUCCUGGAAAUGCUUGUGAGUACACAUUCUUGGCAUUGCUAGUAAGGGAUGUUGCAAGGCAAGCUGAGGCACCCUUUUGAGGGCAUAUACAGAAAACGAUUUGGAUUUUAGAGUCUCCACGAGGGAGAGGCAAGACCAGUCCAAGUAGGUGAGAUGCCUGCAGAGAAGGAGGUAACUGCACCCUUGGGAGACCAAUUUUGGGCUGCUCUGGACCACCAGCAGCUCCCCGAGAUGGUUGAGAAAACAUCAGGAGGGAAGGGUGUGAACCAGGCAGGAAAUCCCACUUCUGUUGUAGGAGAUGUUGGCAAUCUGGACACUGGAGAGACAGUGGUCAGAGACGCCGUUCCUCCAGGGGCUGCUGUUGAAAUGGAGAUGCAACGCUUGCGAUUCCGGUGGUUCUGCUUCCAUGAGGCCGAAGGACCACAGAGGGCUCACACCCAACUCCGUUACCUCUGCCAUGCAUGGCUGAAACCACAGAGACGCACCAAGGAGGAGAUCCUGGACCUGUUGAUCUUGGAGCAGUUCCUGGCUGUCCUCCCAGGGGAAAUGCAGAGCUGGGUCAGGGAAUGUGGACCAGAAAACUGUGCCCAAGCUGUGGCUGCUGCAGAGGAUUUCAUGAUGGUUCUAGAACAACAGGGGCCAGUAACCUUCGAGGAGGUAGCUGUGCGCUUCACUGAGGAGGAGUGGGCCUUGCUGGAUCCAGUCCAAAGGGCUUUACACAGGGAAGUCAUGCGGGAGAAUUAUGCAAACAUUUCAUCACUGGCAGUUUAUGGGGAAGCAACCAUGAUGGACACAAAACAGGGAAGUCCUGAGCAAGACCAACCGGUUGGGUCUUCCCAAAGAAGGAUGGCAGACAUCUUCCAGAAGGAGGCAAAAACUUCCCAGAAUCUGUUCACUCCAAUAAAGCAGCAAAGAAAUCACUCAAGAGAUAGCCCAAAGAAGCAGCCAAAAAGCUACCCAAGGAAAAGAAUGAGCAAGUCCAUUCUUGGUGAGACUAACAAGGCCACCAAUGAAACCCUCCUAGAUCACAAAGGAGAGACAUGCCCUAUGGAAGACAAAAGUUUCAGAGAAGGCUCAGCUCCUCCUAGACACAGAAGGGUCUAUAAUCAGGAUACACCCUUCCAAUGUGCUGAAUGUGGAAAACGCUUGAGUCGCAAGGACCACCUUAUGAGACAUCAGCGGCUCCAUAAAGAAGAGAAACCACACAAGUGCUCAUACUGUGGGAAGGCCUUCAGUCAGAGCUCACGCCUCGUUGAGCAUGGAAGAACCCACACUGGGGAGAAACCAUACGAGUGCAUGCAGUGCAGGAAACAUUUCCGCACGUGCAUAGGUCUCGUUCAUCACAAAAGGGUCCAUACCAGAGAGAAUAUCUACAAAUGUUCAUACUGUGGAAAGGGCUUCGCUCAGAAUUCGCUCUUGGCCCUGCAUGAGAGAAACCAUGCAGAAGGGAGACCGUUUGACUGCACCAUCUGUGGGAAGAAUUUCAGCAGUAAUUCAGAGAUUAUGAGGCACGAAAGGAAGCACACAGGGGAGAAACCAUACAAGUGCUCUUUUUGUGGGAAAACCUUUACUCAGAGCUCCCACUGCAUUGCACAUGAGAGAUCCCACACAGGAGACAACCCCUAUAAAUGCUCUGUCUGUGGGAAACGCUUCAGUUGUAAUUCACACCUUAUCAUCCAUGAGCGCAUCCAUACCGGGGAAAGACCUUUUAAGUGUUCAACCUGUGGGAAGUGCUUCGGUUCAAAGUCACAUCUUAUUGUUCAUGAAAGAAUCCACACUGGGGAAAAACCUUACGAAUGUCCAACGUGCGGGAAGUGCUUCACUUGCAAGUCAUAUCUAAUUUUACAUGGAAAAACUCAUUCUGGGGAGAAACCACACAAGUGCUCUGUCUGUGGGAAGAGCUUUGCCCGCAAUGCAGACCUUGUCAUACAUCAUAGGACGCACACUGGAGAAAAACCAUACCACUGUUCUGCCUGUGGCAAAGGUUUCCAUCGUCAAAAGCACCUGUUGAAACAUGAAAAAAAUCACAUGGAAAUGUUCACCUUGAUCAUCAAAGGGAAUAGCCAAAAGGAAGUAGCCAGCAUGAAAAUGGAGCAGCAAGACCCAACACAGCGAAUACAAGGGGAGGGGCUAGAGGGUACUGGGAAAGAUCUCCAUGUCGCCCAGGUUGGAAGUACCGGAGAAGGCCUGCACAAAAUCCCAGGAGCACAACCGGUGAAACAGGAGCCCUGUGAGGGCUUACUUCAGCACUGGGAGGCACAGUGGCAGGAGUUCCUGAAGUCAGUGGAGUCCCCUCAGUCACACUGGGCCAUCCCACAGAUGCUGGAGGAGCCUACAACACCAUGGGGCAACCCAAAGGCCUUUCUGGCCACCUUUGAGCAAGUGGCCGAAGCUUGCCAGUGGCCUAAGGAAGAAUGGGCAAUCCGGCUCCUGCCUGCUCUCUGCGGGGAAGCUGAGCAGGCCUUUAGCCGGCUGAAGGUCAGAGACAGAGAGGAUUAUGGGAAGGUAAAGACAGCCAUCUUGAAAGGGGAUGCCCUGAAGAGGGAGAAGCAGCGCCAACACUUCCGGCGUUUCCGCUACCAGGAGGCCGAGGGACCAAGAGGGACAUGGCUCCAGCUCCGGGAGCUUUGCCACGGAUGGCUGAAAGUUGAGAGGCACACCAAGGAGGAAAUCCUGGAGAUGUUGAUCCUGGAGCAGUUCCUGAGUGUCCUCCCAGCAGAGAUCCAGAGCUGGGUACGGGAAUGUGGUCCAGAGACCUGCUUCCAAGCGGUGGUUUUGGCUGAGGAUUUCCUGCAGAGAGACGCAGAGAGAAUGGAAAAACAGGUACUGACUCUGCUUGCGGAAGCAGCUGUGAGUUUCUCCGAGGCGGGCCAGGCUCCAGGUCAUUCCGGGCAGAAGCAGCUGUGCUUAGAUACCAAGAAGGAAGAUGAGGAGGAAACCAGCUCGCUUGCUGUGAAAGGUUACCUAAACAUAAGUGCUGAGCAAAAAUAUAAUUUGGAUGGCUCGGAGCCAGGGAGACCCUAUGGGACAUCUGUGGGAAGAGCAGAGGAGAAUAUCUCUCCCUAUGGCAAGCAGGACAACUUCCCUGAGAAGUGGCACAGACGAGAGUUCCAGGAAACACAUCCAGAGAAGAGAAUACAUCAAUCAGAUCCUUGUAUGGAAAGGCACAGGGUGGUCGGUGAAUCCACUGUUCAGCAAAAAAUUCACCACGAGUACAGGCAGAUGAGAACAUUUGAAGAGAAUAAUGCUCAGCAAGAAAGCCUGGAGCAAAUAAGCUGGUACGAGAUGUAUCCGGGGAGUUCAGGAGAUGUUUCCCUCCUCCGUCGGGAAAGAGCCCAGAAGGCACCAUACCAGUGCACGGAGUGUGGAAAAAGCCUCAGCCGUAAAGACAAUCUGACAAGACACCAGCAGAUGCACGCCGGGAAAAAAAAGCCCCACCAAUGCUCUUCCUGCUUGAAAACCUUUCGGGACAAGUCCCACCUUAUCCGGCAUGAGAGAAUCCACACAGGGGAGAAGCCCUUUAGUUGUUCCGUUUGCGGAAAAAACUUCAGCUGCAACUCAUACCUCAUCGUCCAUGAAAGGAUCCACACAGGAGAGAAGCCAUACAAGUGCGCUGUGUGCGGGAAGAGUUUUAGCUGCAACUCCUACCUCCUCCGGCAUAAGAGAAUGCACACAGGGGACAGGCCGUACAAAUGCCCCAUCUGUGGGAAGAGGUUCACGUGCAAUUCCAACUUGAUUUUGCACAAAAGGACCCACACUGGAGAGAGGCCGUACAAGUGUUCCGCUUGCUCCAAGACCUUCCGCCAGAGGUCCCACCUGAUAUUCCAUGAGAGGAUCCACACCAAAGAGAAGCCGUUCAAGUGCUCAGCCUGUGGGAAGAGCUUCAGCCGCAAUGCCCAGCUGAUUCAGCACAAGCGGAGCCACACAGGUGAGAAGCACUAUCAGUGCCCCAUCUGCGGGAAGAAGUUCAGUUGCAUGUCGUACUUGAUUCAGCAUGAACGGAUUCAUGGGCGGGACAAGCCAUAUAAAUGCUUAGAUUGCGGGAAAACGUUUCGGCGGAGCGCAGAACUGUCUUCACACCAAAGGACCCACACAGGGGAGAAACCAUAUCAGUGCUUUGAAUGCGGGAAGACUUUCAGCUGGAGUGCAGGCCUGACCUCCCACCAGAGAACCCACACCGGGGAAAAACCAUACCGUUGCUCGACGUGUGGGAAGAGCUUCAGUCGGAAACGGCUCCUGAUUGUGCACAACCGCUUGCACCUGGGGGAAAAGCUGUUUCAGUGUUCAACGUGCGGGGAAAGCUUCAGUCUGAAUUUGCAUCUUAUUAGACAUGAAAAAACCCAUGUGGUGGAAACAGUAUGAACAGGCACCUUAUCCAACUUGAAGAAACCCUAGUUGAUUAAUCACAUGAGUUUAUUAACUGAAGCACCAUCUGUUUAGUGGUGGUGCUAAGUGCCGUCAAGUUGCAGGUGACUUGUGGCAACCACGUGGGAUUUUAAAGGCAAAAGACAUUUGGAGUUGGUGGUCUGAUGGGAGACCUCGGUGGUCUUCCAUCUAAAUACUGUCCAGGGUCAACUCUGCUUAGCUUCCGAGAACUAAAGAGUCUGGCCCAUCCAGGUCAGCAUCCAUUUACAGGAGGACACAAAAAAGCAUUAGCUUUCCUUGUCUCUCACUCAUUGCCACAGUGCCUCUGGAAGAGGCAUUCCUCAAACAUGCAAGAAAGACGAGGAAUGCCUUUUCUAAAAUGGUAUCUGCCAGCCACCGGGCUUGUAAAUUUGUUCAUAAAACUGACUUUCUGGAGUGUUUUUUUAAUUGUUAAAAAAUCUGCUGACUAGGGGUGCUUAAUCACUUGCAAAGCAAAAGUUUUUUUUAAUCUAAUAAAAAAGGCAGGAUUGAUGUGUUGGAAAA